AUGUACUCUGCUCCACCUACACUUUGCUCUAUCAGGUGUAUCAGGCAUGGCAGAUCCAAUGUCAUAUGUCACUCUCACAACAACCCCAUGAGACAGCGUUCCCAACUUCAAAAUUCAGAAACUGCCUCGGAGGGCAUAGGCCCUUUUCCCCAGGGCCCCACAGUAAAAAGAAGAGCAUUUAGAAAACACGUGAGUAUAAAUCUAUGCCUUGUAAUUCCACUGUGUCUCAAACAGAUCAUGAGGAACCUAUUUUCAGAGGCCAACACAUUCUCUUCAAGAACCUUCACAUUUUGUAUUUUUGUUUUCAAGACCACAUGUAAAAAUUAA